AAUAGCUCAAGAAUCGUCGUUUUUCUGUGAGGCACGGCUCAGGGUUCAAGUCAGUCAAAGAGCAAUGGCGGAGCGCGAGGAUGCACCGUUGGUGCAUGAGGAGGCGGCCAUGGGCUGGGCGCCAGCGGGGAUCACCAUCUUCACCUUCGCGGCGCCCUCCGCGGUCAUGGCUGUGCCCUUUGCCAUCGGCAACGCGGGCUUUCUGGGCGGACUGGUGAUCUGUUUGAUUAUCACAGGCACUUCCAUCGCCGGGGCGUUGAUGCUGCUGGAGAUGAAGCUUUUGCUCCCAGAGUGCGAGACCUUUGGGGAUCUAGGCAUGCAUGUCCUGGGCCGGCCGGGCCGGAUGUGGGGGAACACCAUCCAGUUGGGGAACUUCUGCCUUUUCAUGCCCUGCGCGCUGCGGUUUUGCGCCCUUUCGCUGGCGGGCAUCGGCAUGGGCAUCCCUGGGUUUGGGGGAUGCAUCGACUACUACGUCUUUGUGGUCGCCUUCAUCUGCCUUUUGACGACUCAGGUGAGGAGUUUCAACAACGUGGAGGUCUUCACCGUCAUCUCCCUGUGCUGCACCAUUGGCAUGGUGGUCUCUAUGCUGGUGGCGGCCCUUCAGUUCGACCAUGACGCCAAGAUCCCGGCCAAGUGGAUCGGCAACCCGGAGCCGGAGGCGGGUUUGAGCCUGGUGAGGCUGGCCAGUGGUUGCACCAUCAGCGCCUGGGCCUUUGUCCCGGCCUUCCUCACUGUCGAGCUCAGCACCUGCAUGGCGCAGCCCAAAGACUUCAAGAAGAGUUUGUACUUGGCCGGCGCUCUGAUCGUUGCAGUGUUCGCUCUGGCCGGGACCGUCGUGGUGGCCCGGUGGGGCUACAACGUAGGGGAAGUGAUCGCCGUCACCCCGGGGGUCGGCGCGUGGCUGCCCGGCGCGGCCAUCAACACAGUCUUCAAUGCCUGCCAGCUGGGUGGGAACUUUGUGUGCUACAUGCUGGACAGCGUGCCAUUGGGCCGCUUCUGCCAGAAGACCUGGGCGCCGGACUUCAAGGACACCUGGUCCGCGGGGGACGUGGCCAGAUACUUGACCUACACCCUGCCGGCGUUUCUUUUGGCUCUCUUCCUCAGCGUCUUCACCCCGAACGUCAACACGCUGUUGGACUUCACCACGGCCCUCACGACGCCCUGGGUGAGCCAAAUCUACCCCGCGGUGCUGUACUGGAAGUUCAAGAGCAGAGGGGCGGGCAGAGAGUGUGCGCCAGACCCCCUGAAAGCUUCGGAGAAGGCGCUGGUGGUCGUUGUCUUCGCAGUGGGCUGCUUCAGCUUCCUCGCCUGCUCCCUCAAGGCGGUGGGCUACCUCGCCUUUGACGAGCUGAGACCCUCCUUUGAGGUGGGCUGUGAAGGCUGGAUGAUUUGGCAGUGGACGCAGACCAGAUGAAGCCUGCGCGAUGCCAUCGUUGAAAGAAACAAGCCGCCGGAUGAAGCUUCCAACGGCCGCAUUUAGAUCCAGCCGCCCCGGCCUUGUCACGGUUCCCAAUAUGUCCCCUUGAAGGCUUGUUGCAGCAUCACCAUUCCCGCCAGUUGCCAGUGAUCUUCCUGCUUGUUUUUUGUUUUCGCCAUAAGGGGGACAUCUCCAUGGAGCCCCGUGUCGCCGGCUGCGUGGUGUCCGCCGAAAGCAAAGCGCCAAGCGCCUCGCGCCUCGCGCCAUGUGCGCUGAAGCGAUUUUCAGUCAGCUAAUUGGCUGAAGCGCCCGGGCUCGCGACCAGUGCCGCAAGUCGCUGGCCACUCUUGUGCGCAGAGGAUCCUCGCCUCAACUCAACUCACUCCA